ACGGUUCUAUUCUGACGUUUAGUUAUAAAGAUGGCCGGGCAUUCGAGUGCGUAAAUUGGGAAUCAUGUGACAUGCCCGAAAUUAAUAAAAGUCACAAGCAGCCAUGAGUCACGACAAGUUUAACUACGCUAAAGUAAACCCGACUGAACUAAAUUCAUCACAUCGACGACACAGCUAUGAAAGUCUAGAUAUGAUUCAAAACAGACACGAUACAGCAGAACGAGUUUAUACAUUUGUCGAUAAUAAACACGACCAGGAAAAUUUAAAGUGGUGGCAAAAGUUUUGUUUACGAUGUCAUGAACCGGAUCCGACGCCCUCUUCGGGGCCUUCAUGGUGGGGUAAAACAUUUCCUUUUCCCCUAUUUCCAACAUUUAGACAGACAGCUCAACAAAUAUGCAUCAUUGUUUUCUUUUUCUUAACAUGGGGUGUUCUGUACGCCGAAAUCGGAGACCCUGUCGGUCUAAAUGGAGAAUUACUUAGCAUGACCUUACUAGUCAUAGCAUCGUAUUUAGUAGGGUGGAUUUGGCUUAAAGUCACAACUUUACCAGCACUGAUCGGCAUGUUACUUACUGGAAUUUUGUUCCAAAACUUACACUUGGUGCACAUGACUGAUACUUAUCGACAACUUAAUCAAGAUCUGAGAAAAAUUGCUCUAGUUAUAAUAUUGAUGAGAGCUGGAUUAGGUCUCAACGCUGAUGUGCUCAGAAAGCAUUACAUAGCUGUUUUACAACUAGGGCUACUCCCUUGGCUUGUCGAAUGCGUGGCCAUUGCUGUCACUUCACAUUAUUUAUUAAAUUUGCCAUGGAUAUGGGGAUUUCUUUUAGGCUCCAUGAUUGCUUCCGUAUCCCCAGCCGUGGUAGUACCUUGUUUAUUUAGACUUCGGGAGGCAGGUUAUGGAGUGGCUAAAGGCAUUCCUACUUUGUUAUUAGCUGCUGCGUCAAUUGACGACUCCGUUAGUGUUGCUGUGUUCGCAAUUAUAUUGAAUGCUAUGUUUUCCACGGGAUCUACUACAUUCAAUAUUAUUAAGGGACCAUUAUCAAUAAUAGCAGGAAUAGUAUUGGGCGGAUUAUGGGGAGGAAUGACAUCUGUAAUUCCAGAAAAAGGAGACACCUACGUAGUUCCUUUGAGAUUCUUAUCGCUAUUUUUGGGAGGUUUAUUCGCACUUUUUAUAUCAAAUUUGAUUGGAUGGAGUGGAGCAGGUCCUUUAGCAAUAGUGUCAUCUGGUUUUAUGGCUGCAUACUUUUGGGAAAAGCAAGGAUGGCCAGUAAAUAAAAACCCCGUGAGCGACUUAUUUAGGAUACUGUGGAUAUUUUUUGAGCCAAUUCUUUUUGCUUUUACAGGAGCACAAAUUACGCUUAGUGCACUUGAUCCAGAUGUAAUAUCUAUGGGUGCUGUUUGUCUUCUAUCCUGUCUAGCUUUGAGGGUAGUUGCAACUUUCCUUAUUAGCUUUGGAUGCGGUCUUAAUCCAAAGGAAAAGCUUUUUAUUGGCCUUACUUGGAUGGCUAAAGCCACCGUGCAGGCAGCAUUAGGCCCCGCAGCAUUGGACCUUGUGAAUAGCGGGCAGUCCGCAGGAAAUCCUAGAGCUGAUGAAGAAAUUUACGCCAAAAGUAUAUUGGCAAUGAGUGUACUUAGCGUCGUAAUUUCAGCUCCCGCUGGCGCUAUAUUUAUUGCACUUACAGGACCAAAAUUGUUAAGUAAAGAUUCACCAACCGCUGAUACCGUAGAAAAUACUGAAAGAGCGUACGACGUUCAAGAAAAUGGUACAUCAACGGACUUAUGACGAAAAGAACAAAAUUAUUAACGCAUAUCAAUUUUUUAUAGAAUAUUUGUUAUAGACAAAAUAUAUUUCACGUUAGAUUAAACAAUAUUAUAGUUGUACUUACAAAACUGAAAAUAUUUAAAUUUUUAUCUUCAUAGUGUACUUAACGUUGAUAAUAUUCAAUGUUCAUUUACAAAAGUACUUAUUUUUAUUAAAAAUAAAAAUUAAAUGUCGUUUUAAA